AUGAGUACUUUUGGUUCGACUUUUUAUGAUUCUGUAGCAAAGAACUACAUAUGUGAAUGUGGAAGUUGCAAGAUAGGAAAAAAUGUAGAAUUUUACAUGGUUCGUUUCUUCAUCAUGGGUUUUGUUUUACCCGUGCUAUGGAUCCUUAACUUAAUGUUGUACCUUUAUGCCAACUGGAUAAUCGACCACAAUGUUAGGGUCCCGGAACUUGACUCUGAAACCUUAUAUACCGAAUAUGAAUGCCAACAAUGGAAACAGCGCAGUGUCACAUCACUAAACAAAAGUAUUACCAAGGACUUCUACGCUAUUAACAACCCAUUGACAUUUUCCAUGCUUACUUUAAAACUACCAGAUCCCGUACCAUUGACUACGUAUCAACAUCUCUCUUUGCCUGAUCCAACGAAGGGCAGUGAUGAAAAAAACCAGUUUUCGGAAAGCGCUACUACCCUGGACGAGGGUGCAACAGACUCCUCAUCAUUUGAGACGGAAGACGGUGGUACCAAAUCCAUAGUGACAGCUCAGUGUCUAAAAGAAAUCGCUUCUGAACUAAUGAAAAAUCAUGACGUUAAUGCAAGAACUAUCAGGAACUGGUUUCUGCGUAGCUUAUGUGCAAUGACAGGGUACACAAUAUCCAUUAUAAUGAUAGUAGUUAUCGUUAAGACUAACAGCCAACCGGCAUCGUACCGAGAAUGA